UCAUCGCAAGUUCCUAGAGCCAAACUAACCUUCCGGUUUUGCAUUCAGUAUGUCUCGUCUGUCUGGAUGCAAGCAGAUGAGAGGGAAUAUGUGCUGCGUUUAAGUGGACGAAUUGAGCUAGCUGAAUCUAAUGUAAAGGAAUUUAUUUCUGAACCUGGACCUCUUUAACAAUGCGCACUUGCCAGUACAUCGUCUCUAUUAUAUUUGUACUUCUUUGGUACUUCUCAGAGUUUGAACAAAUAUGGACACAAGCCCUCUGUUGUUUUUUAUGCCUUAUGAAUUUCACUUUAAAAAAACAAGACUGUAACAAAAAACAAGCGAGGUUGGAAACGAGCACUCAGACGGAUGAUACACCUGAAGAAACAGAACUACAGACAAAGAAAAGUCACCAUGUUGGUGUCAUUGAUGAGAUUGAUGCUACCAGAAGCGGACAGAUUUUGUCUCAGACAGUGCAAUAUCCAAAUAUACAGAGGUCACUUCUCCAGGUCUUUGAAUGUGCCUAUGCUCAACUGGUCCAGCCGUGGUACACGGUUCCAGAAUUUGGUGACAGUCAGCCCCUUCAUAGGGCACUACAGACGGAGUUUAACCUGAUAGUCGAGACACUCAUUUGCAAAGCAAAGAACUUCAAUCUGUCUCUUACCAGUGUGGGUUGUAUUAGGAUCUUCACUCAGCACCUGCAUAAAGCAAAGCAGUCAGAUGGUUCUCCAAUGUUUGGUUCAAGAUCUGAGGAGAUGGCAGUCCUCAGGUCCUUCUCUGAAGCUCUGGUGCGAAACCUUUUUCCUGAGUACCUUUUGGAAGCAAAACUCUACCAGUGUUUCCUAAAUGAGAUUGUUGCUACUAAAGCUCUUGAUGUGCUUGUGACAUACCUCUGUAAUCCAGACAACCUGAAUCAGAUGCUGGUUUCGCAGCUGGAUAGAGUAACCUCUAAAAGCUCAACAGGAGACCGGCCAAACUCAGAUAGGAAAGGCACAUCAUCUUCCAUAGGAUGUGAAAAAGGGUAAGUCAUUUCAAAAACAUAUAUUUUAAGCAUAUUUAUCAUAUUAA